AUGGAAAAUGUGUUAUCAUUUAAUAGUUCAUUUAGUUACAACAUUAAUGCGGGCUCGAUAAAGAGUAAAGAGAAGAAAGGUGUUUUGACUGACUAUAACAAUAACGGUAGUAACAUUAAUUAUAAGCAUAAUCACUCUUUAUCUGACUCCGAGAAAUCAAAUAAGCCUCCGCUUCCUCCGCCCGUUUCUCUUGAUUCUGACGACGUCAACAACCUAAACAACAAAAGUCUAGCAGACUUGCGUGGUUCCGUGCUGCUGAAAUUCAAAGAGUUUAUCGAUUAUACGCAAAAUAUCACUCAAAAUCAGAAAUGGAAAACACAAGUGAAUAAAGAUCGCGAGAUAGAAAAAAAGUUAAAUGCGGAAAUUAAAGAAUGCGAGGAAAAAACGCGUGUAUUAGGACAAACAUUAGCAAAAGAAGCCACACAAAUAGAAGAGGCGCAAAAAACCAAUAUUGAUCUUCAGCACCAGGUGCAGACAUUAAUUGACAGGAAAACCAAUUUCCAGAGUCAAGUACAAACACUGGAAAAAGAAUUACAAAAGUUGCAGGCUUUCAAAUCAGCACAAAAACAAGCAAUUCAGAUGCAAUUCUCGAGAAACGAAUCAGAAUUACAAUUGUACAAGGAUACUCUGAAGAUGAAGUUAGUGGGAUUACAAACAGACAAUAUAUUAGUCAGCUUCAAAUGUAUCAGUGACCACGAUUCAGAACGGGAAUAUUCGUUUCUGGUGGAUGUGACUGAGAGUCAGUAUAAAAAUCGAACAGCUGGUCGAAUACCUGAACAAAACACGUCAGUUUUUUUUGUUCCUGAAAAAGAUCCGGAAAGCGUUUCGCGAACAUUACAAAAAUGA